UACUUUACCCUCAAGAAAAUUGUACAGUGUUUCCGGCCCUUCUCAGUUGUGGACGCUCGUAAGUUUUCGGCAGUUUCCGGGGAGACUCGGGGACUCCGCGUCUCGCUCUCUGUGUUCCGAUCGCCCGGUGCGGUGGUGCAGGGUCUCGGGCUAGUCAUGGCGUCCCCAUCUCGGAGACUGCAGACUAAACCAGUCAUUACUUGUUUCAAGAGCGUCCUACUAAUCUACACUUUUAUUUUCUGGAUCACUGGCGUUAUCCUUCUUGCAGUUGGCAUUUGGGGCAAGGUGAGCCUGGAGAAUUACUUUUCUCUUUUAAAUGAGAAGGCCACCAAUGUCCCCUUCGUGCUCAUUGGUACUGGUACCGUCAUUAUUCUUUUGGGCACCUUUGGUUGUUUUGCUACCUGCCGAGCUUCUGCAUGGAUGCUAAAACUGUAUGCAAUGUUUCUGACUCUCAUUUUUUUGGUCGAACUGGUCGCUGCCAUCGUAGGAUUUGUUUUCAGACAUGAGAUUAAGAACAGCUUUAAGAAUAAUUAUGAGAAGGCUUUGAAGCAGUAUAACUCUACAGGAGAUUAUAGAAGCCAUGCAGUAGACAAGAUCCAAAGUACGUUACAUUGUUGUGGUGUCACCGAUUAUAGAGAUUGGACAGAUACUAAUUAUUACUCAGAAAAAGGAUUUCCUAAGAGUUGCUGUAAACGUGAAGAUUGUACUCCACAGAGAGAUCCAGACAAAGUAAACAAUGAAGGUUGUUUUAUAAAGGUGAUGACCAUUAUAGAGUCAGAAAUGGGAGUCGUUGCAGGAAUUUCCUUUGGAGUUGCUUGCUUCCAACUGAUUGGAAUCUUUCUCGCCUACUGCCUCUCUCGUGCCAUAACAAAUAACCAGUAUGAGAUAGUGUAACCCAAUGUAUCUGCGGGCCUAUUCCUCUCUACCUUUAAGGACAUUUAGGUUCCCCCCGUGAAUUAGAAAUUGCCUGGUUGGAGAACUGACGACACUACUUACUGAUAGAUCAAAAAACUACACCAGUAGGUUGAUUCAAUCAAGAUGUAUGUAGACCGAAAACUAUACCAAUAGGCUGAUUCAAUCAAGAUUUGUGCUCGCAAUAGGCUGAUUCAAUCAAGAUGUGUGUUUGCUAUGUUCUAAGUCCACCUUCUGUCCCAUUCGUGUUAGAUCGUUGAAACCCUGUAUCCCUUUGAAACACUGGAAGAGCUAGUAAAUUGUAAAUGAAGUAAUCCUGUGUUCCUCUUGACUGUUAUUUUUCUUAGUGGGGGGCCUUUGGAAGGCACUGUGAAUUUGCUAUUUUGAUGUAGUGUUACAAGAUGGAAAAUUGAUUCCUCUGACUUUGCUAUUGAUGUAGUGUGAUAGAAAAUUGACCUCUCUGAACUGGCUCCUUCCCAGUCAAGGUUAUCCUGGUUUGAUUGUAUAAUUCGCACCAAGAAGUUAAAAUGUUUUAUUACUCUCUGUUCUGAUGACAGGCAGAGAGUCACAUUGUGUGAUUUAAUUUCAGUCAGUCAAUAGAUGGCAUCCCUCAUGAAGGUGCCAGAUGGUGAUAACAGU